UUCCAAAACCUAAUGUAAACAAAUAUGGCCGCGCUCAUGUGUUAACUUCGACUCGAAGAAAAUUGCUCAACGACUAGGAUGAAAUCCUUACGAACAGUAUUACUUCGCCUGCAGACUGCUUGUAGCUAUACCAAACAGUCUUUCACUCAACAGAGGCAUCGGAAACUUCUUGCCUGGACAUGCGGCACAGUAUCUAUAGGUGUGGCUGGGGUGUCAAUCAUAUGUUACCAUAGCAACAACAACAGGGUGUUUGCCUACAGUGGCAGAAAACUAGACACUUCAAAAUGGAUGUCCGAGCCCAUUACAGAGAGAUCUCUUUUAGAGGAGAGGAGUUCUGAAAUGAAGUAUAAGAUGGAAGCAAUGAUUAUGAGAAUACAGGCAGAGGUCUGCCGGAGGCUGGAGGAAGUGGAUGGGGACCAAAAAUUUUUUGUGGACAGAUGGACCAGGAAAGAGGGAGGAGGGGGGAUAACCUGUGUAAUGAAGGAUGGGCUAGUGUUUGAGAAGGCCGGGGUCAACAUCUCGGUGGUCCACGGAAACCUACCUCCAGCAGCUGUAGCCCAAAUGAGAGCCCGGGGAAGAGCAAUGGAGGGAAAGACCUUGCCAUUCUUUGCCACCGGAGUCAGCUGUGUCAUCCAUCCAAGGAAUCCUUAUGUGCCUGCAAUACACUUUAACUACCGUUACUUUGAAGUGGUGGAUGAGACUGGAAAAGUCCAUUGGUGGUUCGGGGGUGGGACUGACCUGACCCCCAUAUACCUCGACCAAAAGGAUGCUGUGCAUUUCCACCAAACCCUGAAAGCGGCAUGCGACAAACACAGCAAGGAAUUUUAUCCAAAGUUCAAGAAGUGGUGCGAUGAGUAUUUCUAUCUCCCGCACAGAGGUGAAACCCGUGGAAUAGGGGGAAUUUUUUUCGAUGACUUAGACAAAGAGCCACAGAGUGAUUGUUAUGACUUUGUUGAGAGCUGUGCUGAUGCUGUAUUACCGUCCUACAUUCCAAUUGUACAGAAGCACAAGAAUGAUGGCUACUCACACAGAGAAAGGAAAUGGCAGCUGUUAAGGAGAGGGAGAUAUGUAGAGUUUAACCUUAUCUAUGACAGAGGAACCAAGUUUGGCCUGCAGACCCCUGGGGCUAGAUAUGAGAGCAUUCUGAUGUCACUGCCCAACACAGCGAACUGGGAAUACAGGAACGAACCAGCCCCUGAUUCAGCGGAGGAAGAAAUUGUGAAGGUGCUUAAACAACCAAGGGACUGGGUGUAAUGGGAAGGAUAACAGAAAUAACACAUUAGUCAUGGCAGGGAUAAAAUAAGGCAAUAGGAUUAUCCAUCAGGAAAGGAGUUCAUCAUUCACACUGCCAUUUUCUGUCUCUGAACGUAGAUCUAUAAUAAGAGAGACUUGGUGCUAUAAGCAAGUGAUUCUUUGUUAAGAUGUUAUAUAUGCGUUCAUUUUCAUUUUUUUCUGAUAAUAAUGUUAUAUAGGCUUACAUGUUAAUUUAUAUUUCAAUGGUUAUCGAUUGAUUGGUUGAAUUUUUUUAUGGUGUAUUCUCUGAUUGGUUGGUUUCUUUUCCUUGUAUGUAGUAUGAUGGUUGGUUGAUUAUUGUUCAUUAAUUGAUAGCUUAAGAUAUAUAAUAUACUUGUUUUUUGUACAUAUUUUUUUAAAGUUCCAUAUUUGUAGUAUAUAUAUUUUAUAAAUAUAUAUGUAUGCUUUUGGAAUAAGUUCGAUUUAAAUCAAGUAAAUUAAGUAUUAUGCAUUUAUUAAGGUACAUGUAUCAUAUUAAUGUUUUUGAAAUCUGGAAUCAGGUUUGCUUUGUUGGAUAUGAAAAACUAGUAUAAUUUUUUUUUACAUAAUGCCAUUUUCAUAGGAUAAGUUGAUAAUUAAAUUAUGGAAGAAAAUUUUAUAAGACGAUCAGUUUAUUAAACCACUAUAAACUUUUUUCUCUCCAUAAAAUGAAGUCGUAAAAAUAUACCUUGGGCAUGAUGUCUGUAUUAUCUUGAAACUUAGAAUUUCAAAGAUCUCUGUAUUAUGUGUCUUUCAAAUGAAUGUUUGUUCACUUGCUGCAUCCAUGUCUUUAUAUUUUACAUCCUUGACUUUCAUUCAUCCUCUUAAUUAAGGAAACCAGGUGGUCAGUAAAUUACCAAUCAGACCAAUUUGAAUAUUUUGAAUACUAGUAUGAAUUUUCUUGCCAUUUUAAUUACAUUCAAACUUCGUUAUCUCAAACUGGACGGGAACUAUUUAAAAUCUGUGAGAUAUCCGAGUACUGUGGUUUCAUUAAUAUUCAAGGGUAUCAAUUUUUGUGGAUGAAGUGAUUCGUGGCCAAUGACCCUAUCAAUACAAAAUGUUAAUAGAAAUUGCACUUUGAUGAACAUUUAAUUUCGUGGAUCAACUAAACAACGAAAUCCACGAAAAUUGGUAUUCAACGAAUAUUGAUAAAACCACAGUAUUCGAGAUAUUGAGGGUAAAGUACUUAAAAAAUAA